AACAGACGAAGAAGAAAGGUCAACAGGAAGAAGGAAGAGAUCUUCUGCAGUAAGACCUCCAGAAUGGCAGGGAGACGGGCUCUGAAGGCUGUGCUCAUCGAUCUCAGUGGAACUCUCCACAUAGAGGACACUGCAGUACCUGGAGCGCAGGACGCCCUCAACAGGCUACGACAGGCAUCUGUGGCUGUGAGGUUUGUUACCAACACCACCAAGGAAAAUAAGAGGAACUUACUGGAGCGACUGCAGAAACUCAACUUUGAACUCCAGGAAAAAGAAAUUUUCACGUCUCUAAGUGCAGCGAGGAGUUUGUUGGAGCAGAAACAACACAGGCCGCUGCUGCUGGUGGAGGACAGCGCGCUCGAGGACUUCACUGGAAUCGACACAUCAGAGCCAAACGCGGUCGUCAUCGGCCUCGCUCCUGAUCAUUUCAACUACCAAACCCUCAACAAGGCUUUCAGAAUGGUUCUGGAUGGAGCUCCUCUUAUUGCCAUUCAUAAGGCUCGUUACUACAAACGUAAAGAUGGUUUGGCCCUUGGCCCCGGGCCCUUUGUGACAGGACUAGAGUAUGCCACAGACUGUAAAGCUACAGUAGUGGGAAAGCCUGAAGAGUCAUUUUUCACACAGGCCUUGUCUGGUCUCGGAUGCAGUCCUAGUGAAGCCGUCAUGAUAGGAGACGAUGCAAGAGAUGAUGUAGGCGGGGCUCAGAACGCAGGAAUGUUGGGUAUUCUGGUCAGAACAGGUAAAUACAGAGACGGAGAUGAGAAGAAAAUUGAUCCGCCUCCUUACCUGACAUGCAACAGUUUUCCUGAUGCAGUCGAACACAUCCUGCAGAAUCUGCUAUAAACCACCAUCGGCUGCUGCCCUCUAAUCUCAUUUGCAGAAACUCUCCCACAUUGCAACAACUCUGUUGUUUCUCUGCUCUAAUUUUUUUCUGA